CCUGACUUUCCCCUAGGUGAGAGCCUUUAGUCUUUCCAAGGUUAUAAUGAAAAGGCAUGAACUGAGCCGCCCAACAACACGGAGCUUUGGUGACUGUCUGUGAGAGAAGCGAAAGCAAGUGUUUUCCCAACUUGCAGGUCGUAAUUUCAGUCGAGUGUAGCGUAGUUUGUUAGGCAUGGCAACCAAUUCCAACUCCAGCACUGGAAUUGAAGUUCACAACACUCUUCAAUCUAUCUGCUACAAGCGCGGCUUCCUACAGCUACUCGACCAGAGAAAGCUUCCUCUCGAAACUGUCUAUCUGGAUAUCCGAGAUGCAUCAGAUGGAUGGUCUGCCAUACGGGAGAUGGUGGUCCGUGGAGCACCUGCUAUUGCUAUUGCAGCAGCCCUCUCUCUUGCAGUAGAAGUGUUUGCUAACUUGGACCAUUUUAAUGGGACUUCUGAGGACGCUGCCUCUUUCCUUUUCAAGAAAUUGGAAUAUCUCGUUUCGAGCCGACCUACAGCAGUGAAUCUUUCAGAUGCAGUAACGAAACUUAAAGAAGUUAUAUCUAAGACUGCUGCUACUGCUUCAGAAUCCAAGGAUGUUUUUCAGGCUUACAUAGAAGCUGCUGAAAUUAUGCUUGAAGAUGAUGUUGCUUCAAACAAAGCAAUUGGGUCUCAUGGAGCAACUUUUAUUCAGAAUCAACUGAAAAACUCUGACUGGCUUUCUAUUCUGACCCAUUGCAAUACUGGCAGCCUUGCAACAGCUGGGUAUGGUACUGCUCUAGGAGUGAUUCGUGCACUUCAUACUGAAGGAGUGUUAGAGAGGGCCUACUGCACAGAAACGCGUCCUUUCAAUCAAGGAUCUAGACUCACAGCUUUUGAGUUGGUGCAUGACAAAAUACCUGCUACUCUUAUAGUGGACUCUGCUGCAGCUACAUUAAUGAAAGAUGGUCGAGUGAGUGCUGUAAUUGUUGGAGCAGAUCGUGUGGCUGCAAAUGGAGAUACUGCUAACAAGAUUGGGACCUACAGCCUAGCCUUAUGUGCAAUGCAUCAUAACAUUCCAUUCUAUGUUGCUGCACCGCUGACCUCCAUUGAUUUAUCCCUUUCUUCUGGGAAACAAAUUAUUAUAGAGGAAAGAUCACCUAAAGAAUUAUUAAAUUCACGUGGAGGACUUGGAGAGCAAGUUGCUGCACCUGGGAUUUCUGUCUGGAACCCAGCUUUUGAUGUUACCCCUGCAAAAUUGAUAAGUGGUAUCAUAACAGAAAAGGGGGUCAUCACUAAGAUAAAAAAUGAUGAUUUUGAGAUUGAGAAUUUUGUAAAAGGGGCAGCUGGGCAGUCUGUUGCAUAGGAGAGACAUCUGCUGCUGAGCAGAAUGGAUGGUAUGCCAAAGUGGUCAGCAUUUUUAUAAGCACGUCAUAUAGCUGCUAAUAUCAAGGGCUAUACACCCUUUGAAAGAAUGCUGGAAUAAGCCUUCUGUGAUGUCUUGAGUGUUAUUGUAAUAAUUGUAACUUGCUUGUAAAGUCAAGACAAUUGGGUAUUUUUGGCGAAGAUAAUAAGGGUGCCCAUUUUGCUCUCAUCUUAUAUAUAUUAAUUAAAGAGUGGUUUUAGUUGUA